AUGAGAAUUCCUGUCGCCUUCUUUUUUCCUCUGAAAUUUUGUUUUGCCACAACUCAGAAGUUUCAAGAGAAACUUUACUCUGAUCUCUUUUUGGACUACAAUGCUCAUAUUAGGCCCGUUGCUGAAGAUAGUGGCCCCGUGAAUGUGUCUAUUGAAAUUUACCUCUACAAAAUUCUCGACCUAGAUGAAAGAAACCAGAUUCUGAAUUCCUACCUUUGGAUGCGCCAGCGCUGGCAGGAUCUUCGACUCAGCUGGGACGAAGAAAUCUACGCUGGAAUCAAGGUCUACCGCCUUAAAAUUCAGUCGCUAGUUUGA